GAGCCAAUAGGAGAACAGCACCAGAGAGGUGUCCCCGUCCUCUUCUUCCACAGGAUGAUCAGGGAGAAGAUCCAAACAAUAUUAAUGCUCCAGAGACAGAUGUGAGCGGUGAUGAGCAGUAUAAGGAGAACAUUCCUACAGAGAAAGAUCUCAUCUAUAUUAACGGUACAGACAUGAAGGAAGAAGAAAAGACAGAUAUAAGCAGCAGUGAGCAGUAUAAGGAGGACAUUCCUAUAGGGAACGAUCUGAUCUAUAAUAUUAGAGAUUUAAGGGAAAAAAAAGAAACAGAUGUGAGCGGUGAUGAGCAGUAUAUGGAGGACAUUCCUACAGGUAACCGCCCAGAUUCUUGUCCCAGGAGAUCAGAGGAGAAUCUUAUAUCUUCAGAUUAUAAAGCAGAUGAUGAUAUCACACAAGAUACAUAUGAAGAACAUUCCAUUAUCCCAGAUACACCCUCAGCCCUUCACAGCCAAGAUCUGUCAUCUCAUCCUUAUAUACAGGUCCUGUCUUCUCAGUCAUCACAGGAUGUUCAGCUAAAUAAAGGUCACAGAAGGGGUGUUGGACAUCAACGAGCUCAUACAGGAAAGAAACCAUAUUCAUGCUCAGAAUGUGGGAAAUGUGUUACUUCUAAAUCAAAUCUUGUUAAACAUCAGAGAAUACACACAGGGGAGAAGCCAUUUUCAUGCUCAGAAUGUAGAAAAUGUUUUACUCAGCAAUCACAUCUUGUUACACAUCGAAGAACUCAUACAGGGGAGAAGCCAUUUUCAUGUGCAGAAUGUGGGAAAUGUUUUACUCAGCAAUCAGAGCGUAUUAAACAUCAAAGAACUCACACAGGGGAGAAGCCAUUUUCAUGUUCAGAGUGUGGGAAAUGUUUUACUCAGCAAUCAGCUCUUGUUAAACAUCAAAGAACUCACACAGGGGAAAAGCCAUUUUCAUGUGCAGAGUGUGGGAAAUGUUUUGCUCAGCAAUCAGAUGUUGUUAAACAUCAAAGAACUCACACAGGCGUGAAGCCAUUUUCAUGUUCAGAAUGUGGGAAAUGUUUUACUGAUAAAUCAAGUCUUGUUAGACAUCUAAGAAUUCACACAGGGGAGAAGCCAAUUCAGAGCGUGAAGAAGUCCUCUAGUGGGCGCUGUGGGGCCCCUGUGUGUGAAGGAUGGGGAAGAACCCUGAGCCCAAUCCCGGGGCCCCCACCUCACUCCCUGAUACAUGAGGAAAUGGAUGAACAGAAGAUCCUAGAACUCAUCAACAAGAUGAUGGAGCUGCUGACUGGAGAGGUUCCUAUAAGGUGUCAGGACGUGGCGGUCUAUUUCUCCAUGGAGGAGUGGGAGUAUGUAGAAGGACACAAGGAUCAGUACAAGGAUCAGGUCAUGAUGGAGGAUCAGCAGCUCCUCACAUCACCAGUCAGAUCCAGUAAGAGAACAGCACCAGAGAGGUGUCCCCGUCCUCUUGAUGAGCAGAAUAUGGAGGACAUUACUACAGGGAAAGAUCUGAUCUAUAUUAAUGCUACAGACAUAAAGGAAGAAGAGACAGAUGUGAGUGGCAAUGAGCAGUAUGAGGAGAACAUUCCUACAGGAAAAUAUCUGAUCUAUAUGAACGCUACAGACAUAAAGGAAGUAAAAGAGACAGAUGUAAGCGGUGAUGAGCAGUAUAAGGAGGACAUUCCUACAGGGAAAGAUCUGAUCUAUAUUAAUGCUACAGACAUAAAGGAAGAAGAAGAGACAGAUGUGAGCGGUGAUGAGCAGUAUAAGGAGGACAUUCUUACGGGUAACCACCCAGAUUCUUGUACCAGGAGAUCAGAGGAGAAUCUUAUAUCUUCAGAUUAUAAAGCAGAUGAUGAUAUCACACAAGAUACAUAUGAAGAACAUUCCAUUAUCCCAGAUACACCCUCAGCCCUUCACAGCCAAGAUCUGUCAUCUCAUCCUUAUAUACAGGUCCUGUCUUCUCAGUCAUCACAGGAUGUUCAGCAAAAAGAAAGUCAUAGAAGGGGUGUUGGACAUGAAAGAGCUCAAAGAGGAAAGAAACCAUAUUCAUGUUCAGAAUGUGGGAAAUGUUUUACUUUUAAAUCAGACCUUGGUGUACAUCAAAGAACUCACACAGGAGAGAAGCCAUUUUCAUGUUCAGAAUGUGGAAAAUGUUUUACUGACAAAUCAAGUCUUCUUAGACAUCAAAGAACUCACACAGGGGAGAAGCCAUUUUCAUGUUUAGAAUGUGGGAAAUGUUUUACUCGGAAAUCAGACCUUGUUGUACAUCAAAGAAUUCACUCAGGAGAGAAGCUGCUUUCAUGCUCAGAAUGCGGGAAAUGUUUUACUAAGAAAUCACAUCUUGUUCAACAUAAAAGAACUCACACAGGGGAGAAGCCAUUUUCAUGUUCAGAAUGUGAAAAAUGUUUUAUUGACAAAUCAAGUCUUCUUAAACAUCAAAGAACUCACACAAGGGAGAAGCCAUUUUCAUGUUCAGAAUGUGGGAAAUGUUUUACUUCGAAAUCAGAUGUUACUCGACAUCAAAGAACUCACACAGCGGAGAAACCAUUUUCAAGUUCAGAAUGUGGGAAAUGUUUUACUAAUAAAUCAGGUCUUGUUGUACAUCAAAGAACUCACACAGAGGAGAAGCCAUUUUCAUGUCCAGAAUGUGAGAAAUGUUAUACUUCUAAAUCAGAUCUUGUUGUGCAUCGGAAAACUCGCACAGGAGAGAAAUCGUAUCUUGUUGAACAGCAAACCACUAACACAGGAAAGAAGCCAUUUUCAUGUUCAGAAUGUGUGAAAUGUUUUACAUCUAAAUCAUGGCUUGUUGAACAUCAGAGAACUCACACAGGUGAGAAGCCAUUUCCUUGUUCAGAAUGUGGGAAAUGUUUUACUAAGAAAUCAAAUCUUGUUCAACAUGAAAUAACUCACACAGGGGAGAAGCCAUUUUCAUGUGCAGAGUGUGGGAAAUGUUUUACUCGGAAAACAGACCUUUUUAGACAUCAAAUAACUCACACAGGAGAGAAACCAUUUUCAUGCUCAGAAUGUGGGAAAUGCUUUACUCAGAAAUCAGAUCUUGUUAAGCAUCAAAGAACUCACACAGAGGAGAAGCCAUUUUCAUGUGCAGAAUGUGGGAAAUGUUUUACUCAGAAAUCAGAUCUUGGGAAACAUAAAAUAACUUACACAGUAGAGAAGCCAUUUUCAUGUGCAGAACGUGGGAAAUGUUUUACUAUUAAAUCAGGUCUUGUACAUCAAAAAUCUCACAUAGGAGAGAAGCCAUUUUCAUGUUCAGAAUAUGGGAAAUGUUUUACUCAGAAAUCAGGUCUUGUUGUACAUCAAAAAACUCACACAGAGGAGAAGUUAUUUUCAUGCCCAGAAUGUGGUAAAUGUUUUACUUUUAAAUCGCAUCUUCUUUUACAUCAAAGAACUCACACAGGAGAGAAGCCAUUUUCAUGUUCACUAUGUGGAAAAUGUUUCACUCAAAAAUCGCAUCUUGUUGGACAUCAAACCACUCACACAGGAGUGAAGCCAUUUUCAUGUUCAGAAUGUGGAAAAUAUUUUACUUCUAAAAUGUGGCUUGUACAGCAUCAGAGAACUCACACAGGGGAAAAACUGUUUUCAUGUUCAGAAUGUGUGAAAUGUUUUACAUCUAAAUCACAGCUUGUUGAACAUCAGAGAACUCACACAGGUGAGAAGCCAUUUCCUUGUUCAGAAUGUGGGAAAUGUUUUACUAAGAAAUCAAAUCUUGUUCAACAUGAAAUAACUCACACAGGGGAGAAGCCAUUUUCAUGUGCAGAGUGUGGGAAAUGUUUUACUCGGAAAACAGACCUUGUUAGACAUCAAAUAACUCACACAGGAGAGAAACCAUUUUCAUGCUCAGAAUGUGGGAAAUGUUUUUCUCAGAAAUCAGAUCUUGUUAAACAUCGAAGAACUCACUCAGGGGAGAAGCCAUUUUCAUGUGCAGAAUGUGCUAAAUGUUUUCCUGAUCAAUCAAGUCUUAUUCAACAUCAAAGAACUCACACAUGGGAGAAGCCAUUUUCAUGUUCAGAAUGUAGAAAAUGUUUUACUCAGCAAUCACAUCUUGUUCAACAUCAAAUAACUCACAAAGGAGAGAAGGCAAUUCAGAGUAAUAAAUGAUGCAGAUAACACAUCUAUAUAUUCACCAUGUACAUAGGAUAGUUGACAGUAAUACAUACUUAUAUAUAUUUAUACAAUAUAUGCUUUAUCUCCAAACUUGUUAUCAUUUUUUAAGAAGUUCUCUAUAUUAUAUUAUUUAUUAUUCUUAUAUUCAUCUCCGCACACUGGACUUAUAAUAAAUGUAAUAUUGUCCCUGACGUUGUAUAUAGGGAAUGUAACGCGUCAGUGUUGUCCCCGCCCCCUUCUCAUUAUGAUUAUAGAGAUUUUAAUUCAAGUCAAUAUCUCAGCGUCCCCCGGGUUCAGUAAACAUCGGUGUAAUUCUUUUCCUUUUCUUUGUCCUCCCCGGGGUAUAAAAUCCCUAGAGAUCUGAUCACAUCUGGUACAAGAUCUCUUUACUUCACAC